AUGAAUCGAUAUUCGACAAAAGCCGAUGUCUUGGAUGCGAUAAACAAGGUCAAGUACACUGGGUUGAUUCUUGACUCAUCCGACAACGUUUCUCCAGACGACUUUGAAAACAUGAGAGUGUUUGCCAGAAGAACGGUUAGACGUAGCCAGUCCUUGCCUGAUGUUCAGGGCCCACUGAUUACAAAAGCCGAUGUCUUGGAUGCGAUAAACAAGGUCAAGUACACUGGG